UAACCGUUUCAAAACUUUGAAAAUCCUUGGUUAAGUUAGGUCUCCUUGAAGAAGACGCAGAAGAGAAGUAUAAAUGCUGGAUUUUAGGGAGGAAAACAUUCACAAGGAGAGAACAAAUUCGAAUAUAUCGGACAGGAUUUCCCAGGAUGGAUAAUCGUCGUUCCCGAAGUGAGCAGCGAAGGACGCAAACGUUGAAGCCGAAGAGAGUCUCGACGAACGAGAGUCACAUUCCCAGGCCCCGCUUCAGAAGCUCCUCCAGCGACCGGGCGGGAUCGAUCGGCGCCAGGAUAUCGUAUUUAAAACCGCCAGGAUUAGGUUUAGGUAGAACUCCUCUACGUGCAUCGACAACUAUAGCUACACCUCUGAAAGGUUCCGCCAAGCUUAAUUUGCCCAAUUCAGCACGAUCUAGUGGAUAUGCGCCAGGUCGAUCGCCAUCAAGCGAGCGAGGAGGUGUCAAGGGUCCCAGAAAGGACACGAGGCCCUUGGCAGAUAAGAGUUAUCAGAUGGAUUUACUCCAUAAGAUAGACACUUUCUUUUACAUGAAUCAGCAGUCGAGCAUGCUCAAUAGCAGCGGCAGUCUAAAGCCUGUCACGUUGAAGAUAUUUGUAGAAGUCUCUGCUUUUCUGUUGAAGAUCUUGGAUAUCAAGCAAGAGCUCACAUCGGCAAAUUACAUAGAAGAGCUUCCAAAGUGUGCGAAGAAGGUGCAUUACCCUGGUGUGAUGACCAAAUCAUGGUUGAAAACUGCCAGUGCGACACAUUCCUGGCCCAAUGUUCUUGGAUGGAUCGGUUGGCUGGUUGAGGUGUGUCAGGUAAAAGAAAUUGCGUUCAACGCAUACCAGUUGACAACUUUACCCUUCAUAGGAACGGAACAACAAACUCAGUGUAGCAAGAUAGAAUUCAUAGCACAGUUAGAGUGCUAUAGAGCUUGGAACGAGGAGAGACACAACGAUGAAGCAGAAUUAUUGGAGAGAUAUAAACAGGACAUUGCAGAUCUGAAAGGUGUCUCUGAGGGAGAUAUGGUUCAGAUCCAUCAACAAUUGGAAGAAAAUAACUCAAAAUUACAGAUAAUGGAACAGGAAUCACGGGAAAUCGACGAAACCGUAAAAAAAUUGAGCGAAAAAUCAUCGUCCUUACACGACAAGGAAGCUAUGCUGCUCAACAGCAUCAAAGAGAAGGAAGAUUAUAUAAAAAAUAUUUCUGACGAAACAAAACAUUUGAAUAUGGAAACUGAAAUUGUGAACGAGCAAAUUCGAGUGGCAGAUACACAGUAUAAAGAAUUAAUCUCAAUUGUGAAGACUCAACCCAUGUCUAAGUCUGAAAAGGAAAAGAUUGUCCAACAAUGCACGGAAAUACAAAAUUCCAUAUAUGGAUUUGAUGAGCAUUUGACAGAUUACGAAAAGGAAUUGUACACCUUGGACAUCAAUUUAGCAUCCUGCAAUAAUAAUCUCAAGAAAGCAGUGUGGGCGUAUAAUAAAGAGAUCUUUAUGCAUGUCGACAACGACAUCGAUGUGAAUUUUGAUGAAUUAAAAUUGCCGGAAGAAGGAUUGUUUAAUCCACAGAUGAUAGAUGUUAUGAAGGAAAAAUUUGCUUUGAUGAAUAAUUUCAAAGAAUUAUUGGCGAAGCAAUGCAGCGAAGUGGACUUUCAAAUCUGUUCGGAGGCCACAAAACUGGAGAAACUGGAACAGAAAGUUAAAUCUCUUGUAAAUGAAGAAAAAUUGGAAGAGGAGAGAUCUUGCAUCGAUAAAAUGAAGGCAGACGUGGGAAAUGAGAAAAUUGAAUUGACGAAACAGAUAGAGGUGUUGAACAAUGAAAUUAAACACAUACAGGAGACGAUGCCAGAUGUACGAGCAAUAGAUCUAGAAAUAGAAGAGGCUACGGAUAAAUUAGGUGCAAUUACCAGAAGAGAUGUUUUAGAAAAAUCAGCCGAACGAUUUUUCAACAAGUUCUUUAACAUUAUCGAUGAACAUAACAGCAAGCUGUACAAUAUUAUAACGAAAAAAAACGCAUGGAAUAAAAUGUAAAAUUUUAUAUCUUUCA